AUGUCCAUUAUGGUAACACAAAAACCUCGCAAGUCACCAUGGAGGCGAUGUCCUGGGCCAGUUGCCCAACUACCAAGCCUCGUUGGCAUGAAACGGGACAGAGCGGGUCAGUCAAUGCCCGCUUCCAAACGGCAAUGUAGAAGCUCAGGUUGCCACAAAAUUAUGGCUGUUCCAUCAAGAAGCGAACAUUGCUCGAACGAUGGCGACGAUGAAGCCACUGGCGCUCACGAAGAAGCUGCCGCCCAACAUAACAGUUCUCUCUGUAAUCAGUUUUCACUAGUCCAGAUGAAAGAUUUGCAACAGCUCUUGAGAGACAAGUUCGCCUCCUGGAGCCAUGGGGCAGAAUACGCCGCGCCAUCGGAGGACGAUUAUCCUCCACGAAAGCGGUUCAAGGCAUUACAGUGGGAGUCAGGCCUCCCACGAGCCGAGGAAGGGGAGCAUAGCGAAGGAGAAUUCGUUGUGAUCUCUGGUCCAGAACGCAAAAAGGCUUUCUUUCAUCUUGCUUGCCCUUUCUACAUCAACACACCCGAGAGAUAUCAGCAAUGUCUUUUUAAAAGUGACUUUGACUCUAUCGAGACAUUGGUCAGCCAUCUCCUGCAGCAUCAUAACAAGCCACUUUAUUGUCCUACAUGCCAAAAGACUUUCAAAACACUGAUUGAUCGAGAUGAUCACGUCUUGGAGAAUAGUUGCAAGAUGAACAAUCAAGAGAAGCUGGAGGGGCUUACCGAAAGUCAAAAAGCCAAGUUGAUCAAGAAGGAUCGGUAUUAUCUAGGCGAAAUGAGACGCUGGCGUUGCAUUUGGUCUACAGUCUUCCCGGACUUGGAGCAGCCUCAAUCCCCAUACCUAGACGAUGGCAAAGGGUUGAACGCUUCUAUGGUAAGGGAUUUCUGGGCUGCCGGAGGUCAAACUGCUGUCUCUGACUUUCUCACUGUGAAGGACAUACCUCAUGAUGAGAGCAGCGCAAUAUACAAGACCAUUUGUCACACUGCAUUAGAGAGCUUGAUGGAUUGGGCUUUCAGACAUAAUUUUAGCUCAAGUCCUCUGACUUCUGAUGGAUAA